AUGAAAAUGGCAACUUCCAGGCCCUUCCUCCUACUCAACCUCCUUGUGUACCUCAUCUUGGUCCAGCUACCCACCCCUUGCUCAGCUCACUUUGCUGUGAUUGGACCCGCUGGGCCCAUCCUGGCUAUGGUGGGUGAAGAUGCUGAUCUGCCCUGUCACCUGUCCCCAGCGAUGAGUGCAGAGUCCAUGGAGCUGAGGUGGGUGAGGUCUAGCUUUAGGCAGGAGGUGAACGUCUAUGCAGAUGGGAAGGAAGUGGAAGACAAACAGGUCACAGCCUAUGGAGGGAGAACUUCGAUUCUAAGAGACAGCAUCAGUGCAGGGAAGGCUGCUCUCCGAAUAUACAACGUCAGAGCCUCUGACAGUGGAAACUACCUCUGUUAUUUCCAAGAUGGCAAAUUCUAUGAAAAAGCCAUCGUGGAGCUGAAGGUUGCAGCACUGGGUUCUGAUCCUCACAUGGAAAUGAAAGGUUAUGAGGAUGGAGGGAUCCACGUGGACUGCACCUCCACUGGCUGGUACCCCCAGCCCCAAAUACAGUGGAGAGAUGCCAAGGGACACAGCAUCCCGGCUGUGGCAGCGCCUGUGGUUGCAGACGAAGCAGGACUGUAUGCAGUGGCAGCAUCCGUGGUCCUGAGACGUGGCUCUGGGGAGGGGCCAUCCUGUACCAUCAGAAAUUCCCUCAUCAGCCAGGAAAAGACAGCCAGGAUUUCCAUCGCAGGCCCCUUCUUCAGGAGCGCCCAGCCCUGGAUCACAGCCCUGGCAGCGACCCUGCCGGCCUUGUUGCUGCUUCUUGCAGGGGCCGGUUACUUCCUGUGGCGACAGCAGGAGGAGAAAAAGGCGCUGUCCCAGGAGAAAGAGCGAGAACAGGAAGAGAAGGAAAAGGCUCGGGCCGAAAAGGAGCAGGAACGAAACGCGACAGAGAAGCUCCAGGAGGAACUCAAGUGGAGAAAAAUCCAGUACAUGACUCGUGGGGAGAAGUCUUCAGCCUAUGCUGACACAUCUUCAAACUGUGCAGCUGAUGUGAUUCUGGAUCCAGACACAGCAAACCCCAUCCUACGUAUUUCUGAGGACCAGAGGAGUCUGCAGCAGGCAAAGGAGCAAGAGAAUCUGCCAGACAGCCCUGAGAGAUUUGAUUGGCAUCACUGCGUGCUUGGCUGUGACAGCUUCACAUCAGGGAGGCAUUACUGGGAGGUAGAAGUGGGGGACAGGAAAGACUGGCACAUCGGGGUGUGUAGAGAGAACGUGGAGAGAAAAGGUUGGGUUAAAAUGAAACCCGAGAAUGGAUACUGGACUAUGGGGCUAUCUGACGGGGAGAAGUAUCGGGCUCUCACAGAGCCCAGGACCGACCUGAAGAUUGCCGAGCCCCCUCGAAGAGUGGGGGUGUUCCUGGACUAUGAGUCUGGAGAGGUCUCGUUCUACAAUGCUCUGGAUGGCUCUCAUGUCUACACCUUUCCCCACACCUCCUUCUCUCGGCCUCUGUUUCCUGUUUUCAGAAUUCUGACUUUAGAGCCCACUGCCCUGACUGUUUGCCCAGCACCAAAUGGAGCGGAAAGUCCCCAUGUUCCUGACCUAAACGCUGACCUUUCCCUGGAGACCCCACUAACCCAGGGUCCAGCUCAUGGGAGCCAGGUGCCUCAUGCUGAUGUAAGGUCUUUGCUUCUCUCUGCCAGUCUGCAGCUGAGGGCGUCCUCCUCCAAAGCAGCCAGUGACAACUGUAAAGCUACAUGCACAGACUGAGGCACUUUACUGGAAAUAAUUCAGUUAUCCCCUAUGACAGUUCUUUGUGUUUGGUGCCAUCAUGGAGCCUGAACCAAGCUUCUUACGUUCUAGGUCUCUGGGAAGUGUAGCUAAUAACCUAAACAUUGUCUGGGAUAUAUGAAUUUGGGAGAAAGGAAGCUAGAAGAACUUCAGGGUGUUUUUAACCACUCCGUGAAAUCCAUCUCCUGGAAAGGGGUAUACACACUCCUGAGCACUGGUGGAGGUUCAGAGGACAUUCCUUCCAACUGACAGAUGCUUUAUCCUCAUCACCACUGUUGCUCCUCACUGUGUCCCCUCUCCCUGGCAUGUGUGGUUAA